AUGGCGAACAAGAAGAAACCUUCCAUCAAGAAGUCUGUUAACGAGCCAAAUCCGCACCUGAAACAAUCGCACGCAAGCGGAUCACAGCAAUCUCUCGGAGACUCGCUGAUUGAAUAUAAUCAGCCUGAAUCAUCGAUUCCAGUAUGCUACAUCCAAAAUUACCCACAGUUCAGCGACUCUUAUUUAUAUGAGCCACCUUUUAUCCUUUCUAAGGUGAAUGAGGAGGUUGGUCAUACCGUCGUGCACUUCUUGUGCACCGGUAAUUAUGAAACGCUCCGGACGGCAUCCGAGCCAGGUGCGUCCAAGAUAGGAAUUGAAUUCAGAAGGAGCAUGCUUGUCUACCAAGCAGCCAAAGAAUAUGAUUUAUACGACCUGGAGACGUACGCGAAGAAGUACAUCGAAGUGUUCGGCGAGUCGAUGUCCAUUUUCGAUAUAAUGGAGGCUGCAAGAGAGAUAUAUUCCAAACUUCCCAAGGAUGAGAUUUGGCUUACCGGCUACAUCUACAAACAACUUGAAAUUGCUUUCUCACUGGACAGAAACAUAUUUCAGCGCGUUGACUUCUAUGACGGUGUUGGGAAAGACCCUAAUUUUGACAAAGACGUGAUGAGAAUGGUUGUGAACAUCUACUCUGAGGUACUGUCUAGACAGCUCGAUGAGACUACCCCUGAGGGGAGCAUCGCUGAAGACGGCGCUGCGGAGGAUUGUGCUGCGGAGGACGGUGCUGUGGAAGAUGGUGUCGUGGAAGAGGGUGCUGUGGAAGAGGGUGCUGUGGAAGAGGGUGCUGUGGAGGAUGGUGCUGUGAAGGAUGGUGCUGUGGAGGAUGGUGCUGUGGAGAAUGGUGUUGCGGAAGAGUGUGGUGCUGCGGAGGAUGUUGCAGACGACGGCGCCCUUAAAGAGGCCGUCAACCUCGGCAUUCCCUCACAACCUUCAGGCACAGCACUCAGCUUCGAAUGGGACCACUGGACUUCGGGCAGCAAAAUGGGAGCCUCUUUCUCCGGAAACAGUCAAUGGAAAUAUGAGAAAGAUACGAACUCGUUGUAUCCGGAAAACAAAGCUGAGGAGUCGGGCGGGUUCAAUGCUGCUUACGAAGGGAUCAAAUCCAAAAAGAAGAAAGAUAAAAAGAAGAAAAAAAGCAAUAAAGAUAAGAAGGUGGAAGAACUGGCAGAGCCAGUGCCGGAGUGCGGGCGUUAA